CUACUAAGGCUUGAAAAGUUAAACCAUGUGAUAAUACAGUGAAUAUUAGAUAAAUGGAAACGUAAUUACGAGAUCUCGUUAAGUAUGAAUUCGUUACAUCUAAGUAACGAUAACGAGUAGUAAUAAUUGCAUUUCUUAUGACGACUGAAUUAAUAUUUUAAAAAUGAUCUUCGUAAUAAUUAACGAUAAUUCAUUUUCAAUACUCUUUCCAACACCUUAGUUGUAGAUUCAGUCUGCAAUGAUAUUCGAGUUUAAAUAAGUUUACUGAAUCAAGUAAAACUGGUUAAACGUAACCACCGCGACGUGGCCAUUGGAAUCUGACGCUAAUAUUUUAAAAAAAAUUUUCUACGGUAUUUUAUGGUGCAGUUAUGCUCUUAAUGGUAUAACAUCGAUAUUAGCGUUAUUGACGGGUAUUUAUCAUUAUCGUCAAGAUAUCGUAAAUACGAUGAAAUCAAUAGUAGAAUUCGUAUAUAUAUGUGAAUCAUUUUUCAAUUUAUGUUACUGCACAUUGCAAAAGUCAAAUUUCAAGAUACUUAUAGAUGAUAUGAAGCAAUUUUCGUUCAAAGCAACCUCUCAAGAAUUGACUCUAAGAAGAAAUAAUCUAAAAAAUACAAGCGUUUUCUUAGUAUUUAUGUUCACUGUCUUUGUUAGUGGUGGUUCAAUUUUUGUCUUUGCUCCAUCAGUAUUACACAACAGAGAUAUACCACUUAAUACAAUAUAUCCAUUUCUAAUGGAAAAGAGUUGGGCAAUAUAUGUUAUAUAUGUAUUAAAUACUUAUACUGUUAUGCAGGCAUUUUGUGCUAUUAGUGUUGACAUAAUGGUAAUUGCAAUGUUAAGCUAUGCCUCUUUUAAAUUUAUUAUACUUGGGAUAAAAUUGCAAAAUAUUACUAGCAAUGAUGAACUUAAAAAUUUUGUGAUGGAACAUCAAGAUACCAUCAGAUAUGUCACGAUAAUAGAGCAUACUGUUACACCCAUUGUUGUUAAAUCCAUUAUUGCAGCUUGCAUAUAUUUGAUUACAUGUAGUUUACUGUUGUUAAAUAAUAUACCCUUCCUAAAUAUAACACAGUUUGCUGCAGUAACAAUAUUAUCUUUUACCCGACUUCUUGUAUGUAGUUGUGUGGCUCAAGCAGUAACUGAUAUUGCUUCUAAUUUAACUUCAUUAAUUACCGUAUCCUCGUGGCUAGAAUCUUCGACAAUGCGCAAAAAUAUACUUUUUAUCAUACAAAGAUGUCAAAAACCUAUCACAAUCUCAAUAAGCGGUAUUGUACCUGCCUUGUCUCUCAAAUUUUGUGGAUUGGUAAAUACAUUUAACUUAUCUUUUUUAUAAAAUUUUAUGUUAUAUUAUUGAUUCAUUCUUGCUUAUUAUAUGGUAUAGGUAAUAUAUAAAACAUUUUCUUAUAUUAUGACAUUAAGAGCAAUAUUAAAAGUAUGAAAUAUAAUAAAAUAUACCU